UUGCUAUAAAAUUUUUGCUGUUUGGUCUUUGUUUCUCAUGGUUUGAUAAAUAUCUUGCACCUUUCAUUUGCUACUCAGAAGAAAGCUCGAGUUUGACACAAGUUCUCUUGCGCAACAAUGAAUUGGAAAGCCAUCGUCAAGAUUCACGAUUCCUGCUGGAGGGACAGCGUCGCGGGGCAAAUCUACGACAAUCUCCCUGGUAAUUUCUCCCGUGAACACACCCAGACUACGUGCAAAAUCUUUGAUCCCUCGAAAUCGCAGGCGUGAUGAGGAUGGAACUAAGUGGCUCCCAAGUGACUUACACGGGAGGCUUCAAGAAAGAGGAUUUUCUAAAACAACUGGACAAGCACAAGAAAUGCGCGAGUGUGGUGUCUUUGGCACCGAUUGUCCAGCCGCCACCACCGCCACCGCCAUGCAAUUGCUGCAAUUCCUGAUAGAAAGAUAGCUCGAUCGAUCGAUCGAUCCAGCAAGAGAUCACUCCACCCUACAAGCUUAUCGCCCAUCAGUGGCGCUGUUAGUUCUAUAGAUCCACGGAAGUGAUUUAGCGACUGUGUAAAUAACCAAAGAUUUCCAAACUACGUGCUUCGUGCUUCAAGACAGACUCGCCUUCAAUCCUGGCCAUUGGCCAACUUUGUUACGUUCUAAUCGAUACUUAUCAUGGCUAAUUGGUGAUAAGCAGAUAAUAUACCACCACCAGCGAGUCAAUGCCUUGUUCUUGAUGGCUAUGGCGGAUGAUAGCCAGGGCAGUGGCUACCGGGAAUGCGAUGGGAUCUACUCCAGCCUCGCGUCGCCGGUGGCAAUGCCGCUCCAUCCCCAUCUGGAUUUCGUCUCCUACAUGUUCUCGCAGCGAUUUGGGAGGCCCGAGAGCGCCAGCAAUGUCGCGAUCUUGGAUGGGAAAUCUGGUCAGUCGCUCACUUGCUCGCAGCUGCGCCGAUCGAUCGAGGCGGUGGCGACGGGGCUGCACGAAUCCGGCAUCUGCCAGGGCGACGUUGUCAUGAUCUUGCUGCCCAACACCCUCGAGUUCCCGGUCAUGUUUAACGCGGCGCUGCGCAUUGGCGCGGUCGUGACGACUAUGAAUCCCCAGAACACGCCCGCCGAGAUCGCGCGUCAGAUGCUGGAUUCGCGUCCCAAGAUGGUGCUCACGAAUCGCGCCGGGGUCGAUAAGGUGAGAGCCGCUUCCCCAGAUCUCCCAAUCGUCCUCGUGGACGAGGAAGAACGCGAAGAACACGGAAGAACUCUAAACAGUGAUGAGAAAAAGCCCCAAUUCAUCCCAUUCUCUCGAUUCCUCGCCUCGGAUCCCGACCAGCGACCACGCAAUCGAUGCCUCAUCCGCCAGAGCGAUCCGGCAGCGCUGCUCUACUCGUCGGGCACCACCGGAUUGAGCAAGGGCGUGGUGAUCUCCCAUGGAAACCUUAUCGCCGCCAUGGCCGUCCAGAACCAAGUGCCCGAGGAGAUGGAUCGCGGCGACACGAAUGUGGUGCUCUUCCCGAUGUAUCACAUCGGCGGAUUGAUGUGGCUGUGCUGUGGAGCGAUCAUGGGCGGCCCGACGUUCGUGCUGCUGCAGCGCUAUGGAUUGGCGGAUCUGCUGCGCGCGGUGGAGCGGCACGGCGCCAACAAGAUCACGUCCGCGCCGCCCGUCGCGCUGGAUUUGCUCCACAGCGCCCAGACCGUGCGCUACGAUCUGCGAUCGCUGAGAGCGCUCAUCUGCGCCGCCGCGCCGCUGAGCAAGGAGACGAUCCAGGGCCUGAUGAUCAAGUUCCCCCACUUGGAGAUGUUCAUCCAGAUGUAUGGAAUGACCGAGACUGUGACCGUGGGAAGCGGUGGAAGGGGCGUUAUGGGAUCUUCCGGGAGGCUAAAUGCCACGCUGGAGGCUAGGGUUGUGGAUCUGGAGACCCGGAAAUCACUGCCUCCUAAUCAAAGAGGAGAGCUUUGGCUUCGAGGGUCACCGAUCAUGCAAGGGUAUUUGAACAAUCCAGUGGCCACCGCGGAGGCGAUCGACAGUGAUGGCUGGCUACACACGGGAGAUCUCGUAUAUUUUGAUUCCAAGGGGUAUUUAUACAUCGUAGACCGUCUCAAGGAGUUGAUUAAGUACAAGGGAUACCAGGUUGCACCAGCAGAGCUAGAAGCACUACUGCUCACACAUCCGGCCAUAGUGGACUGUGCGGUAGUACCGUUUCCAGAUGAAGUGGCUGGAGAGAUUCCACAAGCGUUUAUCGUUAGGGCUCGAGACAAUAGCAUUUCUAGCGAAGAAGUCAUGCGUUACGUAGCAGACCAAGUGGCUCCGUACAAGAGAAUCAGAAGAGUAUCUUUCCUGGAUAAGAUUCCCAAGUCCGCCGCUGGUAAAAUUCUUCGCAACGAGCUCAAGAAGGCGGCAAGCAAACUAUAACACACACACACACACACACACACACACACACAUACACAUACUUUUUUUUUAACGGUGUCCGAUUGUGCCAAGUCUCACAAUCGGACGGCGUACAAGCUCUAACAAAACGCGUGGAUUUCUUCGUUUA